CCGCACUUCCCGCUCCAUCUACGCUAUGCUCGCAAAGUAUGGCAUCAGGAAGGAUCCCAAACCAGCAACACCUUCGGGCGACCUUGACACCCUAUCCAAGACCGCUCCUCACCUGGCCGCCAUCAUUUCCCGCACGGCUUCCCGAACACGGAAGGCACUCCCCUUCCGAAUAGGCCAGCCAGGAAAGCACGCCUCGCCCUCUGCGCCAUCCACGAGUGACUAUCGCCCGUCGUCCACGUCUUCGUUCCUUGCCCGUUUAUCCACGUAUAAGCUCACCACAUACGGUAACAAGCCGCCUGCUAUCGAUGCCGUCGCUGCAUCCAAGUGCGGAUGGAUAAAUGAUGGCAAGGACCGCUUGGUUUGUGGGAUCUGUGGCGUCUCGUGGGUCGUCGCCGGUAGGGACGGCAUGACGCGCGACGCCGCAAAUGCCUUGGUAGAGAAGCAGCGCGUUCAACUGGUAGAAGCGCACAAAGAUGGUUGUCCUUGGAAGACUCGCCAGUGUGAUGAUUCCGUCUACCGCAUCCCCUUACAAGCGCCGCUAUCGACUAUUCGCGAGAUCAAGUCUCGUGCCGUACUACUCGACACAGUCAUGAAGGGUGUUGGUAUCAAGCAUCCUCUCACUGCUGCUCAGGUGCAGUCGUUGGUCUCAAUCAUCAACUCUGUAUCCUUGCCGUCUUCUUCAGUCCUUGACGAAGAGCCAACAACACCCACCGGGCAGUCCGUGUCGAGCGCCAUGCCUCUCCGGGUCGAGCCUUCGGAGACAUCCAUACUUACUGCCCUGUUUGGAUGGUCGAUCCUCCCGCCAGCAGCACCAGAGCCCAUCAAGACCCCGUCAUCAGUCUCGCGCGCUGGCUCCGUCGCGCCCACAACCCCGUCUCGCCAUGUUGUACCUCGUACUCCCCCUCGUGCACCCUCGGUCGCGCCACGAGAAGGGACCGUGACCCCGAGCUCAUCUCGCUCGUCAAUGCGGAUCUCGACAGCGAACUCGCUGCUCUCUCAGCAUUCAGUCGGAAGCGGCUUUGCACGCCCGGACGCCACACUCCUCCACUGUCCCUUGUGUCAGCGGCGCGUCGGGCUCUGGGCGUUCCUGCCCAAACCCCCAGCGGACGAGGACGACCCGAUGACGGGCAGCUCCCCCACCAGCACCAACGACGAUGCCAACGCCAGCUCCCCCGCUCAGACAAAGAAGACCCAGCCACAGCGGCAGCUCGACAUUCUCCGCGAACACCGCCCCUACUGCCCUUACGUCGUGCGCUCGACCGUCCUGCCCUCGCUUCCCGCCCCGCCGGCGCAACAGAACGGCCUUCGGCGGUCGGAGUCGGUCUCUUCGCUCGCUGGCGUGAACGGGUGGGCAAACACGAACGCAAAUGCAAACGCGAAUGCGAUGGAGGGGUGGCGGGCCGUCAUGGCGGUCGUGUCGCGGUACGGGACCGUGCAGAGGCAGCGGCUGGGGCUGAGCAGGGCGUCCACCGUUCGCGGGGAUUCAAAUGGCGAUGGAAGUCCUGGUGGGAAUGCGGGCGAGGGUGUUGGGGGAGUGGAUGAUGAGGAGAGCUCGAUCGAGGCCAUGGUUGCCGGGGUGAAGAGUCAUGGGGGAAAGGAUCUCUUGAAAUAUGUGAAGGGUCUGUUGGGUUGAUGGAUAUUCACAAUUGUACAUUGGGACUCGAUCGUGUUUCUUGUUUGUCCAUUGCUUUGUGUAUAGUCCCUGAUGUGGGAUUGUCACCUCUGCCUUAUAUCAUAGUGUAUCUGUAUCCAUCAUUGUACACAUCUGCUUUGGCCUUGUCCUCAUACAUCCCCUUCUGGACAACAUCCGGAAAGCCCCCUGGCGGUGGUCAAAUGUCG